AUGUGGAGUCGGAUCGGCUCAUCAGAUCGGCGAGUUGGAAGUGUCAAUGAGCCUCGAUCGCCAGUGCGCUGCCCGCUCGUGUCCGUCAAGAUACCUCGUCUCGCGCUCCCACGUCCCCAGGCUCUGCCGCGUGCGCUGCCUGCCUCGCGUGCCUUUUCCACCGCCGCCCUCGCUGCUGCUGCCCCCGCACGCUUCGGCCUGCGCUCCUCCAAGCUGACUCGCACCACCGCCUCGUCUCGUCUCGAGCAGACCACCACCCACCUCGCCUUCUCCACCUCGUCGUCUGCCAGCAUGCCGCCCCUCUCCAAGCCCUCCACCAACCACUAUGACAUGGUCGUCAUCGGCGGCGGCUCCGGCGCCAUGGGCGUCUCGCGCCGCGCCGCAGCCUACGGCAAGAAGGUCUGCGUCAUCGAAGAGGACGGCCGUCUCGGCGGCACCUGCGUCAACGUCGGCUGUGUGCCCAAGAAGCUCAUGUGGCACGCUGCCGACAUGGCCGAGCAUCUCAGCGAGGCGCCCGAGUACGGGUUUGGCGACGUGAACAACAAGCCCGCCGUGCCCGGCUUUGCGUGGAACUACUUUGCCGAGAAGCGCGACGCAUACGUGCGCAGGCUCAACGGCAUCUACGACCGCAACCUCGACAAGGACGGCGUCGAGUACCUCUCGGGCCACGGCAAGCUUACGGGCGCCAACGAGGUGGAGAUCACCAUGCGCGGCGACGACGGCAAGUUCACCGCGGGCACGCACAGGGUGACGGGCGACCGCAUCGUCGUUGCUACGGGCGGCCGACCCAUCAUCCCCUCGGACGACAAGAUCCCCGGCGCCUCGCUCGGUGUGGACUCGGACGGCUUCUUUGCGCUGCGCGAGCAGCCCAAGCGUGUCGUCGUUGUGGGUGCCGGCUACAUUGCAGUCGAGCUCGCGGGGGUGUUCAACACGCUCGGAUCGGAGACGCAUCUGCUCAUCCGCCACGACACGUUCCUGCGUCCGUUUGACCCGAUCAUCUCCGAGACGCUGCAGGACCACAUGUCCAAGACCGGGCUGCGCGUGCAUCAGAAGACCAACAUCACGCGCGUCGAGGGCGAGCGCGGCGGUCCGCUCACCAUCCACACGGACAACGGCGAUCCCAUCGAGGCCGACUGUCUGCUCUGGGCCAUUGGUCGUCGCCCGAACACCGAUAACCUUGGUCUGGAGGAUGUCGGCGUGGAGCUCGACCAGGGCGGCAACAUUGUGGUCGACAAGUACCAGAAGACCAACGUGGACAGCGUGUUUGCGAUCGGCGAUAUCCAGGGCAAGGCACUGCUGACACCUGUUGCCAUUGCGGCGGGACGCAAGCUGAGCAACCGCCUCUACGGUCAUGCCGAGCUCAAGGACGACCAUAUGGACUACACCAACAUUCCCACCGUCAUCUUUUCGCACCCCACCUCGGGUACUGUCGGUCUGAGCGAGCCCGAGGCGAUCGAAAAGUUCGGCAAGGACAACGUCAAGGUGCACACCUCCAAGUUCGUCAGCAUGUACUAUGGCAUGCUCGAGCACAAGGCGCCCAGCGCGUUCAAAAUGGUCGUCGGGCCAGGAGACAAGGUCGUAGGUCUGCACAUUGUAGGCCUCGGCGCGGAUGAGAUGCUCCAGGGCUUCGCUGUUGCUGUCAAGAUGGGCGCCACCGUCAAGGAUUUCCAGGAAACCUGCGCCAUUCACCCCACCAGCGCAGAAGAGGUCGUCACCAUGGUGCCAACCACCCACAAGGCCUGA